AUGGGCAACACAGAGACGAAGUUCAUGAAGCAGAUUAUGGAAUUGAAAUUCAAUUCCAAGUCUCUUCAACGCCAAGCCUGUAAAUGUAAGAAGGAAGAGAAAUCCGAAGAGCUUAAGGUUAAGAAAGCUAUGGAGAAAGGGAACACGGACGGCGCUCGCAUCCACGCCGAGAACGCCAUCCGAAAGCGAACGGAGCAGAUGAACUAUCUGCGACUCGCCUCUCGGCUUGACGCCGUCGUGGCUCGGCUUGAUACCCAAGCCAAGAUGAACACCAUCAACAAGUCCAUGAUUAAUAUCGUCAAGUCUCUGGAAUCUUCCUUGGCCACCGGGAAUCUCCAGAAGAUGUCGGAGACCAUGGACAAAUUCGAGAAGCAGUUUGUGAAUAUGGAGGUUCACGCUGAGUUCAUGGAGACCGCCAUGGCUGGAUCCACCUCGCUUUCCACUCCGGAAGACCAAGUCAACAGCUUGAUGCAGGAGGUCGCCGACGAUUAUGGCCUCGAGGUCUCAGUGGGUUUGCCGCAGCCGGCAUCUCAGGCGGUGCCGGUGACUAAGGAGACGGAGAAGGUGGACGACGGUGACUUGUCUAAGCUACUUGCUGAGCUUAGAGCUAGAGAUUGA